AUGGAGUCUUCUCAGAAAGAGAGAAAGGUUGUCGGUGCGGACGAGUACCAGAAGGCACGGGUAGAUCUUCUCAAGCAGGAGAAAGCAGCCACGCAGCUCCUCCAGCAGCUGGCCGCAUCUCGCCGCGAGCUUCCCAUGGUCCAAGUGCCCAACCCCACUCGCUUCAAAUUCGACACUCCAGCGGGAGAAAAGACGCUAGUCGACCUCUUCGACGGCCGCAAGCAGCUCAUCCUUUACCACUUCAUGCUAGCUCCCCACGAGACCCAAGGCUGUGUGGGGUGCUCGUUCUGCAUGGACCAUAUUCCUGAUCUACGCCAUCUGCAGAGCAGAAACACAUCCUUUGCUGCUGUUGCAACGGCGCCUUUGGAUGAAGUCACCGCCUAUGCAGAUCGCAUGGAGUGGAAGUUCCCAUUUUACAGCUCUGCUAAGACACAUCAGGCGUGGGCUGAGGCGGAGAAAGCAGGUGAGACGAUCACCUGGAAGCCGGGGAAUGGGUACUUCGGGCUGUGUUCCUUCUUGAAGGACGGUGAUCAAGUGUUCCAUACAUAUGAUACUACCGACCGUGGGUUGGAGAUCAUACUAUCUACGUAUCAUCUGCUGGAUAUGACUCCGAUGGGCCGGCAGGAGGUGGGCAAUGGCAUGAAUGAUUUCCGUCGUCAUUAUGAGUAUUGA